AUGUCUUCAUUAGAUGGCGAAAUCCUACGAAAUUUAUCAACAAAGAUUGGCGCGCCAUUAGUGCUUAGAGAUUUCAUUAGAAAAUGGCCUAUGUGUCAAUGGAGCGCUGAAAAGUGGUGUUCAAUAUUUGGUGAAAAAGAAAUGCCAUUUCGGUGUUCAAAAAGGAAUUUUGUUUCUGAUGAACCCUGCUGGGAACGUAAAUGUAAAGUAAAAUCGAUGACUUUCAAAAAUUUUGUUUCUAAUUUGGAUUCUAGUGACGAGUGGAUGUAUUUUGACUACAAAUAUCUUCAUCAAUGGUUUAGUUCGGAUUCCGAGCUAUUUAAGGAAGUAUCUUGGAAAGAUUUUGGAUAUUCUAACAAAGGAGCAAGUGAUACAACACUAUGGGUAGGCAACAAGGGUGCCCACACACCCGCUCACCAGGAUACCUAUGGAUUUAAUAUUGUAUCACAGGUUUAUGGAAAGAAGCUAUGGAUUUUAUUUCCACCAGAGGCAGGUGGAUUAAAGCCAACACGAGUACCUUAUGAAGAAUCUAGUAUAUACAGUGAACUUAACUUCUACUGUCCCAACAAUUUAGAUGUUUUUAAUGGCUUAUCUGGUGGUCGAAUGGUGGUGUUAUCAGCUGGUGAUGCACUUUUGGUACCUCGAGGAUGGUGGCAUUACGUCCAAAAUGUUGACCCUCUCAACAUAAGUCUGAAUAUGUGGCUACCUCAUGAAAAAGAUACAACAACACGUGUCUCGGAAGCACUGAUUAAAAUAUUUAUAGCGCAAAUAUGCAAAGAUUUGCCUCAAGAAACAGCAAAGUUGCUACUCAACCCCAAUGAAGAUGAUAUAUCUGAUACACCGUUGGCAGUUCUGUUUCUGCAAUUGGAAACAGUGGCGAACAUUUAUUUAGACAGUAGACGUAAAGCGCGUCGUGUGAAACGUCAAAAAACUUGUGAAGACGACAAGCUUGCUACGACGGCUGAUCCCGAAGAGUACGAUCUUAAAAUGCUACUAGAAGAUAAAGCGAAUAAAAUGGAAAUUGCUCCAAGUAUAACUGCUAGUGAUCUAAUCGACUUGUUAAAGAAGAAUCUUAAAGAGAAUGUGAGUACUGAUGCUGUGUUAGAGGACGACGAUGUGGAUGGAUCCACCAGUACUCUUUGUUUGACUAAAGCGGUCAUAGAUGCUUUCAGUCAAAAUAAUGUGAUAGAAUUAGUGAAACAAAAUUUGUUCACACGACUUAGUCAGUCUUAUUAAAUUUUAUUUAUUAUGUUAGGGUCUGAUAACUGAGGCUCCUGUCAGAGGAGCAAGUUUUGUGCGAAUCUUGCUGGAUUUUAUAUGCACAAUUUAUCUUAUCGCUUUUGAACUAAUCAUUCAAAGAACUAUGAGUUAAGUUUAAAAAUGGAAGUAGUUUUACAGUUUUGUGUAACCUGCUUAGCCAUUUAAUUGAUUCAGUUAAAAAUAUUAAUUUCAUUUCUGUUAAAGUUGGACUGUCAUUAUGAAAAAUAUGAAUGUUAUUUUUAGUGGGACUAUUAGUGUAAUAUUAUAAUGGAAUUCAUUGUCCCUAUAGAGGUCAUCUUCAUGUAAUUAAGAUGAAUUGUAAUGUUUUUGAUGUGAUUAUUUUAUUAUACUGAAAUUUUAUUGCAAUUUCUCCUUGGAACCAUAGUUUGAGUAAAUCACAGAUGUUGUUGUACAGAGUGGUAAAGUGUAAAUUUUAUGCUAACGCAUUCAGUAGUGAACGCAUUAAGAAUUUGUAUGGAGUAGUCACCGCUGUACCGGAUUCCAUACUAAAAUCUUAAUGCGCUCAUGAUCGACGGUGAACGUAAACGUCAAAAAUACUUAUAUUAAGUGCUCAGUAUCACUGUGAUUUAAGUUUUGUCUUGUGCAAUAAAGUGCCUUAAACUUUUAUAGUUAAUAUUGGCAUUGUAAUAUUUAAGAAUGAAAAAAGAUACCUAGUGAUUUAAUUUUAGAGCACCAAUUUAUUGUAAAGCUGCUUAAAUUGUAGCAAUUAAUUUAUAAUAAAACACUUAGUAUUAUG